GGACUAGAGGAAACAGGGGUCCAGCAAACAGAGGCAUUAGCAGAAGGAAGAGAUGGUAAUCUUCCAACACAUGGACAAGGUAUGCUCUCUAUUUUACUUAAUUCUCAGGCUAACUUUUUUGUAGCCCUUUUAGAGGGACUACUGAGAGGGGAUAAGUAAAAGGCUCCUCUAUUCCUGGUACAAUACUUGUAAUUGAAGUAAAAUGAAAGUAGUGAAAAGCUUGUAGAGUUGUAGUUUAAGUUAAGGGCUUGGACCUGGCCCUGGCCUUUGAAAGAAGAAUGGAAAUGUACAGGGAACAGUAUGGAGAAUAUGCAUACUGAUGUGAGGGUGUAAGGGGUCAGAGGGGAAACUUCUUACUGUGCAUUCUUCAUGACACAAACAAUUUUGACCCAUCAAAAUACACUAAAAGCAAGAAAGAGGCAUUCUUCUUUCAAAUCCAUCACAAUGAUGAAGAUGGCUUCUCAGCUUCAUUUAAAGCAGGUAGGAAAAUGCGAGUCCUUUGAUUUGAGUCGAUUCAAGUCGAUUGCGAGAUAUUCUCCAAGAAUCUUGCAAAAUGACAUCCAGUUUGCAUUUCCAUCCACUAAGGAAUGGUUUAUCAGAUCUCCGGUAUAACAAGAUGCAUUAACUGCGAAUCGACUUUUAGCCCAGUAAAUUUGGGCUAUGCUAAAUUUUGUUACCUUACAAACACAAUACAGUGACCCUACUCAAAACUUGAGCUAUGACGUCUUCGUCAAGGAUCCAGCUCGCCACCCACUCCAGAGAGUACUGCGUGGUCAUAUCUUCCAGAUUUAAUUGUAGCUCUGUUUUGUUAUUAGUUCUAACUGGGUUAGCCUGUUCAAGGAAUUUAUUUAGUUUAAUGAAGCCCUAUAGGAGAAUAGAAGGUUUUGGUUGGGUUGCCUGAAUACCUGUAAAUCAUUAUGGUAUACAAGAGAUCUCAAUUUUUUCCCCUUUUGUAUGCUGAAAACCAGUUGGAAGUAGGGCAGAAGGACGUCAGGGACUAGAGGAAACAGGGGUCCAGCCAACAGAGGCAUUAGCAGAAGGAAGAGAUGGUAAUCUUCCAACACAUGGACAAGGUAUGCUCUCUAUUUUACUUAAUUCUCAGGCUAACUUUUUUGUAGCCCUUUUAGAGGGACUACUGAGAGGGGAUAAGUAAAAGGCUCCUCUAUUCCUGGUACAAUACUUGCAAUUGAAGUAAAAUGAAAGUAGUGAAAAGCUUGUAGAGUUGUAGUUUAAGUUAAGGGCUUGGACCUGGCCCUUCUGUAGGAUUUCAGUUGUAAUGCAAGCUAACAAACAUGCCAUUGAUUUACACAUAUCUGGUCUUCAUACCAGAAUAUUUGAACAAAAGAUUUGGCAUGGACAGGGAGCUCCCAACCUCAAAUGCAACACAGAUGUUUUCUUCUUAAAUUUUGCUGGGUCUUCAUAAACCUUCUCCUCUAGGAUUUGUUUUCUAUUGCCUUAACUAGAUAAAAUUUUUUUGUUUGAGUAAUGGAUCACCUGUGCUUUGCUGAAUGUAGAUGGACUGCAUUCCUCUGUACACUAUCUUUGUAAAGGACUAAUCAUAAUGUAACUGUGCCAAUUGUGAUGGAUUUGAAAGAAGAAUGGAAAUGUACAGGGAACAGUAUGGAGAAUAUGCAUACUGAUGUGAGGGUGUAAGGGGUCAGAGGGGAAACUUCUUACUGUGCAUUCUUCAUGACACAAACAAUUUUGACCCAUCAAAAUACACUAAAAGCAAGAAAGAGGCAUUCUUCUUUCAAAUCCAUCACAAUGAUGAAGAUGGCUUCUCAGCUUCAUUUAAAGCAGGUAGGAAAAUGCGAGUCCUUUGAUUUGAGUCGAUUCAAGUCGAUUGCGAGAUAUUCUCCAAGUGUCUUACAAAUUGACAUCCAGUUUGCAUUUCCAUCCAUGAAGAGAUGGUUUAUCAAAUUUCCGGUAUAACGAGACACAUUAACCGCGAAUCGACUUCCGGUAAAACGGUUCGCGAACGAAUCGUGGCGUUUUGGGUGUAUUGGACAACCCCCAUUUUAAACGUAAAAGUAUUCAAAUACCACUAUAGGCCCAUUGAAAUGCGGUUUACUUAAAUAUUCUUUUUCCGUUUCCUCACAGUAUCACGGUUAGUGGCUCCUUAUUUAAAAUACACCGAAGAGAAAAUGAACUACUACAUGCUCCUUCGAGUUGUCGGGGAUGUAGUACCUGAAGGCCUGCGGAAAAUCUUUAAACAAGAAUGGGACAAUCGCUACAAGACAAACCUGGGAGAAUGGAAAGAUACACCGGAUGACGGAAAGAUCUUUUGCACGAUCAUACGCCGUCAAUCCAGAAGAAUAAAUCGUUAUCUCUUGGAAACUAUCGAAAAGGGUAACAGGGCUGAAUGGGAUUCUUCCGUGCUGUGUUAUGCCAUCCUUAAUUGCGAUUCCCCUGACAAUCUCAAUCCAAGGAUAAAAUCAAAUGUGGGUGAUCUUAGAUAUUUACGUAAUGAAUUAGCGCAUUGGCCAACGGUCGAAAUUUCAAACGAAUAUUUCCGAACAAAGAUUUCGAAAAUUAAGAUCGCAUUUCAUGAACUCGGCUUACGAGAACCUGAAAUCCCGGGACCUGAGAUAGGGUUCUCACUGGAAGAGUUUAUAGCUGCGCUGGAGGAAUUAGGUGACAUUAAAAAGAAGAUUGAAGAGUUGGAAAAGAAAUUUGUACGAAAAUUAACCACAUUUUAGAUGAUGAGUGACGAACUUCGUGAAAAAGAGGAACUAUAUGUUCUUAAAGUUCUGUUUGAGGCAGUACAGUGUUAAAAAUUUGCAGCAGAAAUUUAUGUCCUAAAGUGCAGACCUAAUCAUAUUGAUGUGACAUAUAGCCAGCAUAAAUUAGUUCACUUAGAGCGAAGGGUGGAAAGAGAUUAGUAUUUCCAGCUGUUUCUCAGGAGAAACGGACAAAACAUGUACAUAUAACCGUAAUGACAAGCAUGAUCAUUCAAAAAUAUGAUGAGUUUUUAAUUUUUUUCGAUCUCUCUGACGCCAGUGCUUAGUAACUUAAAGGGGAGAUAACGCUAUCUAACGGAUAAAUCGCUAUUCAGCGGAUAAGAGUAGACAAAAUUAACUGCACUAAAUACCAGAUAGAAAUUUAUCCAUUGGAUUGCGUUAUCCAUCCUUUAAGCAACCGCGGCCUGCUGGAUCGUAACACCAUAUAAGGCAAGUGCCUUGUAAUAGGCAUUUCUGUUUGUAUUUGUUAAUGUUGAACUGAUUGUAGAUUGAGUGGAGACUAGGACAAAGACAGAGGGAAUUCAUCAUUGAUCUGAGUUGAAAUGUUUAACGUUUUUCUUGUCGUUUUCUCCGAGGCUACUAAGCAUGCGUAGCCGUGUGACAACUUGAAUGGUUUUAGACAGUUUUUCCUUAGAAAUAACCAGUUGGUCGUGGGGUAACAUUAGGUAACUUUUAUUUGAGAAGAAUUCCAAAAGGCCUUUAAAGUUUGAAACAAGGGUCUUAACUAUAUUGCUACCAUUUUAUCAGGUUGUUCUUCAUUGACAAUUUUGUGAAAUAGUUAGUUCUGAUGUCAUUACAAAAGAGAAUCAGCUCAUUUAUUAGAGAGCUUUUUUACUGUUCUUAACACGAAUUUUUUAAGCAGGUAAAUAAGCAAGGCGGCUUAAGUAUUUUAAGUAUUUUUAAGUAGCUGAAGUAUUUUUCAGGUAUUCAUGUAAUCAACAUGUAAUUGUUUUUAUCACUAAUUUUUGUAGUAGGUAAAUAAUCAAGGCCUAUUUUAAAGGAAUCUUCGUGUUCUGUUUUAAGCUGUCCUCAAAUUGAUUGAAUUGACUUGUUCAAUGUAAUUAAUUUGGAAUUUGUAUUAAAGAUAAAGACUACCCCUAGACAUGAAGGCAUUGAGAG